GCCAGCGCUGGAGCCAGUAAGGCGGCCGGGUUCUUUGUCUCCGGGGGGGAUCAGCCACGGAAGAACCGCAACGCCGGUGCCCAGCACUGGGCCUGAAGCUGAAGCCAACAGGGACCGGGGGACACGGAGAGAAGUGGAGCUGGUUCGGUCAGUUCAACUGUCAAUUGCCUCCUUCGAAAUCAGAUUGCGGCAGCCCAUUUGUGGGGACAUUUCCAGAUCCAAAAAAACUCGCGGCGUUGCCCCCUACUCAACCUUCCACGCUGGCAUCCGCAAAACAGUCGCGCCCAAAUCGCGAAGACACAAACCCGCUUCUUCUUCGCGACGCUCGACACAAUUAGUCACAAUGGCCGGUCUCAGCCCCCAGAUAACGAACCUGAUCAUCAUCCUGGGGAUGAUGCAGGUCGCGAAGAGGAUCCCGUUUGAGGAUCCGAACGUGCUCAACAUCUGCCGCGCCAUCUACAUCGCUAGCAACCUGAUCAUCCUGAGCAUCAACAUCUACAUCAAGGUCGUCAUCGACAAGAAGAAGGAUAUGACCACGCUCAAGUACGUCGAGCCGGCGCCGAUGGGCUCAAGCGAGGAGGGCAAGCUCGUCACCACGACCGUCCACGCCUACGACAUUGGCCAGCUCAAGACCCUCCUGCGCUCGCAGGGUAUGGGUGUUCUCAUGAUGGGCGUCAUGCACAUCUACUUCAAGUACACCAACCCUCUCCUCAUCCAGAGCAUCAUCCCUCUCAAGGGCGCCCUCGAGGCGAACUUGACCAAGAUCCACAUCUGGGGCAAGCCGGCUUCUGGUGAUCUCAAGAGGCCGUUUAAGCAGGCUGCCGGCUUGAUGAGCGGACUCCAGGGCGGCCCCGCCCAGGCUGACAAGAAGGCGGUUGAGGCGGCCGAGCGCGCUGGCCGUGGCGGUGCCAAGGAGGAGUAAUCAGAACGAGACUGGCGGCGACGGGCCGGGUCAACAACCUGAACCAGUUUUGUACAAUACAACGCAUGAUUACGGACAUGAUGGUAGUGGUAAUUAAUAGAUGAAGACGUGACUAGACGAUAACAACCCAC